AUUAUGACAGGGCAUGAGGAGUGUGUGCAAAUGCUGCUGGAGCAAGAAGCGUCAAUCCUCUGUAAAGACUCCAGAGGCAGGACACCCCUGCACUAUGCGGCUGCUCGAGGCCAUGCCACCUGGCUGAGUGAGCUGCUCCAGAUCGCCCUUUCUGAAGAGGACUGUUGCCUCAAAGACAACCAGGGCUACACACCGCUGCACUGGGCUUGUUACAAUGAAUAAAUGGUCAUGAGAACUGUGCGUCAUUGCUGCUGGGGGCCAUAGAUUCCAGCAUCGUCAGUUGUAGGGAUGACAAAGGCAGGACAACUCUCCAUGCGGCAGCCUUCGGUGAUCACGCAGAGUGCUUGACGUUGCUUCUGAGACAUGAUGCUCAAGUGGAUGCUGUAGACAAAUCAGGGAAAACAGCACUGAUGAUGGCUGCUGAGAAUGGGCAGGCAGGCGCUGUAGAUAUUUUGGUGAACAAUGCCCAGGCUGAUCUGACUGUGAAGGAUAAGGACUUGAAUACUCCCUUGCACCUGGCUAUCAGUAAAGGCCAUGAAAAAUGUGCCUUGUUAAUACUUGACAAGAUACAAGAUGAGAGCCUUAUUAACGCAAAGAACAGUGCCCUACAGACACCCCUCCAUAUCGCUGCACGCAAUGGCUUGAAAGUGGUAGUUGAGGAGUUGCUGGCCAAAGGAGCCUGUGUACUUGCUGUAGAUGAAAAUGGUCAUACCCCGGCCCUGGCUUGUGCUCCUAACAAAGACGUGGCUGACUGCCUGGCCCUCAUCCUGGCUACCAUGAUGCCUUUUUCUCCUUCCAGUACAAUGGCGGCUGUCAACUUGGUUUGUUUUAGAAAAGACAGUUUGAGCAGGACGACACUCUCCAAUCUGGGGAGCAGGGUUAGUCUGUGCAGUAACAACGUGGGCUCUGAGGAUGGGUACAACGAAAAUGAUUCUGAUUCGGAAACAUUCUAACAUUGGACUGUAGAGGCAUUUCCUCGGUUACCUGUGUUGUAGGAAGGGACAGAAGCUCAAUUUCCAGAAUUAUGCCGUAUUCAAGUAUUUGAAGCCAAGCUUCUAAAAACCAGUAGAAAAGGAAUCAGCAAUCCAACCGGAAGAGGGAACUAGGCUGUAGGCUGAAGCACAUGCAGAUAGGCCUGGGUUUGGUUUUGUUUCAUGUUUUCUUUAGGUCCACGGUACUUCUAUGAAAGUCUACCUCUCAUUUUUAAGUAAGGAAAAUUUCUAAGUAUUUAAUGGUUUGUCUUUGGGGACAAUACAACAGAGAGACAAAUGUUCAGUCUAAAGAUUUCCUUUUUUACAUACUCAUCAGUGAGUCCCAUGAGGUCUGUCAAGCGACAUUCAUGUCCCCUGGGAGGGGAGAAUGAGUGAACAGGAAAUGCCUGCACCCUCUACCCACUCUGUUGUUUACUUCCUCACUAGAAGCCAAAGGUCAAAGUUCAUCUUCAGACUACUGCCCUUAAUCAUCUCUUAUGGGAGUCCACCUGACCCCUCCCCCUCGUAAGAAGCGUGUAAAGACCCACAACUUCUUCCCAGGAUCCUGGUUAAAGUUGCCAGAUGUGAAUGUGAAAAUUGACCAUGCUUUCUUGUUAAACACAAACAAAAUAGCACCCAGGGCUCUCCUUAAGAAGUCUGUGAGCGAAUUUUCAAUGGAGUAAUGGAUCCCAAAUUUAUCCGAUAGCAUUUUCAGGUGAAAUUAUAUCGUGCCAAAACUUGAAACAGUAUGCAAGUCAAAUAGGAAAUUACCGUUUCAGUGAGUUUGCUCUUAAGUGAAAAUACUAACUUUUGAAAGGGUAUCAUGGCUGGCACUGUCCUUCAGUGGUAGACUAGCAAGAAUAGCAAAAUAGCUUCUUGGUCAAGGUCAUGACGCAGGAGUGGCAGUGCACCUGUAAAAGGGAACCAAGAAAAUGAAUGAGGAAAGCAGAAGCGGUUGGUGUGGCCCGUGUAAGCCAAUUGCCAGUUGUUUGGUAAUGAAAUCAGCAUUGUGAAUACUGUGUCUACUCCCUCUGCCAAAGCUUCCAGGUCAAAUGGACCCCGCUCUUCACCUGGAACAGCUGUACAAAAAGAAGAAUGAGACUUUGAGAGUUAUGCACAUAUACAUGCACACGUGUGAUAUUUAUGUAUGUACUUCAUCAACCAGCUACCCAUGAGGACCAAAAUGCUUCUGCUUAAAAUGGGAGUUCUGAACUUUUCUUCUUUCUAAAUCCAAGUGAGAACUGUAGUAGCUUUUCUAUGGGGUUGAAAUGUAAUCAUUUUUGCAUACCAGUCUUUUUGUAUUUUAUAUUUUUAAUGACACAGAUUUCUAGUUGAUGGCUUGACAUUUGUAACUGAUGAUGUGUUGACCACAGGCUUUGGUUUUGUUUUCAAACUAGAGAAUAUGUCUGUAUACUUUGAUGUAAAUGUGUUUAUAUUUAUUUGAAAUGAAACAAAUGCUGAGGAAAUACCCACUGUUUAGGCCUUCCCCACACCAUCUAUCUCUCUCUCUCCUCCCCCUAUCUCUUUCUCUCUUGUUGCUAUGUAUCUUAUUUAGAAUAAUAAAAGAAGUGGGAAAAUACCCCUGACUCUGGGCUAGCCAAUAGCCCUGGGGUUAAACUCAGCAUUUCCUACUACUGCCAGCUGACCCUCAGGUUUGUUCAUUGCUUGGUCCCAUUCUGUAGCCAAUCAGAACCCUUCUGUGAGAUGAAAACUGAUGUAGCAGAUCAUAUACACAAACAUGUCACAUAGUUCUGACACUCAAUGGAAAAUAAUGCCAAGUAUGGACACUAUGCCAAGAAAAGGAAUUAAAGAUAAACACACAGAUACAAGCCCAAGUGCUAUGUUCCAUUUGCUGAAGAUUCAGAAAUCUGCAGCAGUAGGGCACAGAUUUUCAAUGUUUUGCAUUAGGUUCUAUCAUCUCCCUUGAAUUUUCUAUUUUAUAGUAUUUCGAGAGUUUUAAAAACAGCACUCUAUCACAUCUGGAUGAGACCCAGACAACGUAUGCUAUUGUUUUCAUCAAGCUUGGAGACUUUACCCUUACUCUUUUAAUAUCCUGGAUUUAAUUAAAACUCAUGUUGGUUUUUCACAAAUGAAAACUUGUUCAGAGGUUUUAUAAAGCUGAUACUGAUUUCAUCAAACAAAUCUUACACCAGCAACAUUUUUCUACAUUCUUGGUGUGAAGGUGUGAUGUCCCCCCUUUUUGUUUAGGGCAGGUGCAUUUUUAACAAGUAGAGACUGCUAACGAGCAGCAAUGACCUUAUCUUUAGGGAAGCCUGCAUUUUUAAGGGAGCUCUCAUGUUGCAGACUCAUGAUGUACUGUGCUGUCUUUUUCUAGAAGUGAGUGGAAGCCUUGCUGGGUUGGCAUUUAAAGCAGGAAAUGAAAUGCCUGCAUUGGUAGCAAUGCAGCAGAGAGCCAGGGGAUUGCUUCAGCAAAGCAGUGUCCUGGCAGGAACCAUAGUGUCCAUGGAGCUGCGCUGGCUUUGCCUGGCUCUUUCUUAUAGAGGAAAGACAAAGGAACAUAAUGAAAUCAAGCUUACAAAGAGCCAUUAGUCUUUCCUCUGUCUUCUGUCUGUCUUUCUUUGAUUCUGUUUCCUCCCUCUGUCCAACAAGACCAAUUUCUUUUUAAAGAAAUAACUUUUAAAAGCUAUACCUUGUAUGUAUUUCAGCUGUCUCAUCCAUGUUUGCAACAUUGCUUUCUGAGGGGAAAAUGUUUUUAGUGGAGUCUGGGUUGCUCCGUGCUUUUACGUAAAUGUAUGCUUUUUAGAUUGUAUGUUAACCACAGCCACAAGGACCAUGUUUGCACUUACCUAUCCACUGGUGUCUGCCUAUCUCUGCUAAAUUCAUUAUUAUCUCCAAAUUGCCUAAAGUCCUAGUAAAUACUAGCUCAGGGGAUUUCUAUUCAUCACUACUAAAAGGGCAUCAUUGUUUGCUUUGGUACUUUGGACAGUAAGCAGCCAGUUGGCUUACUAUACUGUUGCAUUAGCAUAAGAACACCGGAUGGAUUUGCUGCACUAGUUAAGCUCAUGCUAUUGAGCAACCUUGGUUUGUGCAUCCAUCGUGCUGGUUGAGGAACUCAUCCCUUUGUGGUCUUGUAACAUGACGUCAGAGUGCCUUUUAUAUUUGUAUAUCCUGGAAAUGUUCCAUGAAAUGUUUUGUAUUUUUUCAUUUGAGUGUUAUUGGAGCAAUAUAAUCCUAGUGAGUGUUCCUUUCUUUGAAUGUACCAAGUGUCUCCUUUCCCAUAUCUCCCUUUCUCUGCUUUGAGAUAAAACUGCUUAAGUUUUCUAUAGGAAUGAUGUUUGGCUUUGCAGUGCUAAAAUGCUUUCUUCUUACAGAACUGUAAACCAUAGGUCAGUAUUAUAGGGGAACAGCGUUUUAAGAUAGUGACAAUCUGAGUGUGUGUGUAAAAUGUAAUUCUCCGUGUUUCCUAUGCAGUGAUCUGAAGAUUCAAUGCAAAUAUCUUUUGUUCAGUAGUUUUGUCUACAGACUACGCUUUAGCAUGUGCAAUAUAUCCUUGCAAAGCACGAUGAUACACAUCUUGUGCCAGUGUUAUAUUUUGUAUAAUGUAUUUGUAACACCAUAAACUAUUAUGUGAUGAUUUCAGUGGGAUUUUGUCUGUACUUUUAAAAUGUAAAUUGGAGUUGAAUGACUCUGAUCAGUGUCAUGAGUAUAAAAAUGAGGAAAAUGGCUUUCAGUUCAGCUCAGUUGAACCAGUCUGAAUCUCCCCAAGCACAGUUUCAUACUUUGCAACUGCUGAAUGCCCUGAUAAUGGAAAGAAGUACUUACCUGUAAUAUACUAUGGACAUGCAUUCAGAUGGUUAUUUUUACAAAUAAAAACGGUACAAAUAUUGUUGCAA